AUGACAGUUAAAGAUUUAGUUCUUGAUAACACUUGGAAUAUCCCUUCUGCAACGCAAGCUUACAUUCAUUCCUCGCUGCCAGCAAUAAGUGGUGAUGGAGACAAGAUUGUAUGGAGUGGAUAUCUUAAAGGUAAUUUUACUACUCUCUCUAAUGUUAAUAAAAUUAGACAUAGAGAACCCCCCCUUCAUUGGCCAUCAAAAAAUUGGAAUCCCUUUCUGCAUCCUGGUAUAACAAGCAAUGUUUGGAAAAUAAUACAAGGGAUUUAUGUAAAUGAUGAGAAGAAGGUGAAGCAAGGAUUUUCUAUGGUAUCCAAAUGCUGCAUCUGCAACCAAAUUCAAGACAAUAUGGCUCAUUUACAGUGGUCUUGCAACUUGAGCAAAACAUUCUGGAAAUGGUUAGGCAAUAUUUUUCAUUUCAACGGUCCUAUCUCCUUUGAUGAUGUGUUAAACUCUGCAAAACACAAAAGCCCCAUUAUCAAAGAAGUAUGGUUAACAACUGCUUGUGCUACCUUAAGGGAACUAUGGUUCCAGAAGAAUAAGAUGUUGUUUGAGAAUGUGCAACCUAAUGUAAACAGAUUCAGAAGUAUGAUCAUGAGCCUGGUUCAUUAUGGUAGUUAUAGAAUGCAAGGUGUUAGCUGGAAUCAAAUUUAUGAUUCUCAGAUUCUACAGUUCUUGAAUGUUAUUGGUAAAUGCACCAGUUUAAACAUAAUUAAAGAAUGCUAUUGGUGUGGUCCAGCUGAAGGAUAUGUGUUAUUUUCUUGUAAUGGAGCAGCAUUUGGUAACCCAGGUAAUGCAGGGUUUGGAAUUUUUGCAAGAAGCCAUGAUUUUCAGGUUUUGGGAACAAUUUCAGGUGGUAUAGGUGUGUCCAGUAACUAUAUUGCAGAGGUAAUGGCAGUUGUAUGUGCUAUUGAGUGGUCAGUCUCUUUAUCUUGCAGAAUAAUUGUUAUUAGCUCAUACUCUGAAUCAGUAGUAGCAGACUUCAAAUCUGGAAACAUUCCUGGUUCAUCAAAGCUAGAUGGUUAA